GUCAUCAGAGUGCGGCGCUAAGUGAAAGGACUGGAGGUGGCGGCGGAUGCCUCUUCGUAACAACAACCUACAGUCGUCUAGUUACGACCUGAAUUUCGUCUGAUACUGCGGAACAGCGGCUGUUGGGAUGCCGAAGAAGUUCCAGGGUGAGAACUCCAAGGCGGCCACGGCCAGAGCCCGCAAGGCGGAGGCCAAGGCAGUAGCUGACGCCCGCAAGAAGCAGGAGGAGGACGAUGCUCUGUGGCAGGAAACUGACAAACAUGUACUCAAAAAAGAGCAGAGAAAGGACGACAAGGAGAAGAGAAGGAUGGAGAUGUUGGAAAGGAAAAAGGAGACCCAGCGACUUCUGGAUGAGGAGAACGCCAAACUGAAAGGCAAGUCCCAGAAGGAUGGCGGAAGCGGUGGAAAAGUGACUCGGGCACAGAUUGAGGAGGCCAUUCAGAACGUGCAGCAGCCUCAGGAGUUCAAGCCAAAACAGAAGAGUCAUCUGGAGGCUCCACUGGAAGAAAACGUGAACAGAAUUCUCAUAGAGGAAGGAUCGGUGGAAGCAAGAACAAUAGAAGAUGCCAUUGCUGUGCUCAGCGUGGUGCCUGAGGACCUGGAUCGCCAUCCUGAGCGCAGGCUGAAAGCCGCUUUCGCUUCCUUCGAGGAAGCCAACAUGCCUCGCUUAAAGAUGGAAAACCCCAACAUGAGAUUGUCUCAGCUGAAGCAGCAGCUGAAGAAAGAGUGGACAAAGGCCCCCGAAAACCCCCUGAAUCAAAAGUUUGCUGUGUACAACGCAAAGUGAAGGCACCCCCCCACAUUAGUACUUGCAAACAACAUAUAUUGGAUAUUUAAUUCAUCCAAAAUUAAUUGUUACUCCUGAUACAGUAUCUCCUGCUAGAGGACUCGGUUUCCUAACAGGGCAUCUUAUACAUGAAAUGACAUCAUGGCAUCAUUUUCUCAAGCUUACUUGGACAGAUUGGAGUUCAAAUGUUUCCAUACUAAUUUAUUAAAGUUAAUCAUCCAGUGACAAACAUAUUAAAAUCUUCUAAGUUCAUCAUUCAAUUUACAGGUGAGGUCUAAUUGUGCAUUGCAUAUAUCAGACACCUCACCAUUCUCGCGUACCGUUAUGUUUCCCUCCCACCCCGCCUUACAGUUUAAUGUGACCAUGUGUCGGAGUGGCUGAAUUCAGCUUCCCUUAUCUCCUCCACCAGACUGUGUGGCCAUUAGUUUGCUGUGAUUUUUUAUUUUUUUUUAUUCGUAUUGCCCUCACAAAUUAGGAGACAAGUGGAUGGGGACAUCUGAGGUAAACCCAUUCAAAGUGUGGACACACUGGCUGAGCUACCGAUGAUUUCCUUUCUCAUUAAAUGCAAAAUGUAAUAACUCAUGUGGACGUGCCAUCAUCUAAUUUGCCUGAAAAUGAUGUGUCCUAUGCAGCCAAUCUUAAAAAUAUAUAUAUGUAUACAUAUAUAUAUAAAUCUCAUGUUUUGUUUCUCAA